CAUUUAUUAUAUUUCGUUUAUCAGAAACCAUAGUCACAAACAUGAAUAUUGUUCUGACGUCGCGGUGUCAUUUACGACAUAUUUGUUUUCCUUCAAAUGCAGAAGAUUCAAGAUGUCGGACUUCGACGACAAGAGCGGUGUCGUUGCAUGUAAAACGCCAUGGGGCGAGUGGUGGCAGACAAUCGAAGAAGUGUUUAUAGAAGUUGACGUUCCCAAAGACACAAAGUCAAAAGAGAUCAAGUGUGAAAUUAAGCCAAACUGUAUUCGUGUUGUAGUGAAAGAAAAGACGAUCAUUGAUGGUUGCUUGUUUGAGACUGUAAAAGCUGAUGAUUCUCUGUGGACUUUGGAGGACAGGAAGUUGAUGAGGAUUUGCCUGCUGAAAUGCCACGCGACUGCAGCACACUGUUGGAAGUCCCUCAUCCGAGGCCAGGAUGAAGUGGACCCAAUGACACUGAGUGAGAUGGAGAAGAAGCUCACCCUGCAGCGCUUUCAGAUGGAGAAUCCAGGAUUUGACUUCAGUGGGGCCGACGUAACAGGCAACUAUUCAGGUGGAGGACCUCAGCUGUCUGCAUCGUGACACAAUGGUUUCAUCAUAAAGACAGGUGUGACCGUAGCUGUCUGCAUCAUGACACAAGGGUUUCAUCAUAAAGACAGGUGUGACUGUAGCUGUCUGCAUCAUGACACAAUGGUUUCAUCAUAAAGACAGGUGUGACUGUAGCUGUCUGCAUCAUGACACAAUGGUUUCAUCAUAAAGACAGGUGUGACCGUAGCUGUCUGCAUCAUGUCACAAGGGUUUCAUCAUAAAGACAGGUGUGACUGUAGCUGUCUGCAUCACGACACAAGGGUUUCAUCAUAAAGACAGGUGUGACUGUAGCUGUCUGCAUCAUGACACAAGGGUUUCAUCAUAAAGACAGGUGUGACGGUAGCGGUGUGCAUCAUGACAUAAGGGUGUCAUCAAAGAGACAGGUGUGACUGUAGCUGUCUGCAUCACGACACAAGGGUUUCAUCAUAAAGACAGGUGUGACUGUAGCUGUCUGCAUCAUGACACAAGGGUUUCAUCAUAAAGACAGGUGUGACGGUAGUGGUGUGCAUCAUGACAUAAGGGUUUCAUCAAAGAGACAGGUGUGACUGUAUCUGUCUCCAUCGUGACACAAGGGUUUCAUCAAAGAGACAGAUGUGACUGUAUCUAUCUCCUUCGUGACACAAGGGUUUCAUCAUGAAGACAGUUGUGACUGUAUCUGUCUCCAUCAUGACACAAGGGUUUCAUCAAAAAGACAAGUGUGACUGAAAAUGUCUGCAUAGUGAACCAGUUUUCAUCAUAAAGACAGGUUUUCAUCAAGAACAUAAUAUAUAGAUUUCUCACCAGUAACAGUAAAACCAAACUGUCAUUUCAUCCUCUUGCUGUGUUGGGAGACUGUGCCUCAGGGAGUGCUAUUGCUAUCAGUGUGUUAUUUGAACAGGUUUACUUCAUUCAGGCCAGACUACAUGUAUAUUUAGUGAAGCCUUAAGAAUGAAGAGAACCCUUUCAACAAAUUUGUGUUUUCAUGUCAGUAUUUUUAUAUCAAAUUAUCCAUUAUGACUGUGUGAAUCAUAUCAAGAUAGUCAACCCUUUAAAAUCCCCUGUACUUGUUAUAGGAAUAUACAUACUAAUUUUUACUUUGUCAUAAAACUAAGAUCAUAA